UAUGUAAUUCACGUAUGAAAACUGUCGUUUUUGAUAAGACAUUAAAAAUAAGUAACAUGAAGAAGUUUGACGAAAUUUUGGGCAUUAUUGGAGAAUUCGGAUUUUACCAGAAAUGUGUUUUUCUGCUGGUAUGCUUGCCUUAUUUGAUAUCUGGAUUUCAUAUGGUAAUGAGUGUAUUUGUUCUGGGAAUCCCAGAUCACAGGUGUGCUUUACCAGGGUACCCUAACGAUACAUUUGAAAUCCAAAGUCCCUUCCAUGAAGCUUUAAUCAAACGACUCGUGCCGCCGUCUACGGACGAAACCCUGGAUUACGCCAAGUGUGACCUGUAUGAUCGGUCGUACGACGGUGAUGAUAACUCUACCGACCUAAAGGCCUGUACGAGUUGGGUUUACGACAAGAGCAUUUUCAUCAACACUUUCACGUCGGAGCAAAACAUCGUGUGUAAAGACAAGUUGAAGACGUCCCAUGCUCAGAUGAUAUUUUUCGGUGGUGUGUUGGUAGGGGCUAUAUGCUUGGGAUCUUUGUCAGACAUAAUUGGACGGAAAAAGACAUUGUAUCUCUCCUUUUUGAUGCUACUUGGAACAACGCUAAGUUUAGCAUGGGCUCCGGAUUUCACUACCUUCUGUAUUCUUCGGUUCCUUAUAGGAGCAUCAUGCGCUGGGAUGUUCAUGACUGUCUUUGUAAUCGGCAUGGAACUCGUUGGUCCCUCUAAAAGAAUGUGGGCCGGUAUUGUCAUCAUGUAUUUCUUUGCCUUGGGCAUGGUAAUAUUGUGUGGAAUUGGCUAUGCCUUCAAAGAGUGGAAGUCUAUUCAGAUAGCGUGUGCAGCACCCUCGGCAUUCUUUCUCCUUUACUGGUGGCUUAUCCCUGAGUCACCGAGAUGGCUGAUCAGUCAGGGUAAAAUCGAGGAGGCCAACAAGAUCAUCCAGAAGGCGGCCAAGGUAAACAAGGUGACGAUUCCAGAAAACAUUCUGACUGCUGACUCUAUAGGUGAACAGGAAGCUGGUCGUCUAUGGCACCUGUUUACGUCACGAGUUCUCCUUAUAAGGACACUCAUCAUAUUCUUUAAUUGGGGAGUAGUCAGCAUGGUUUACUACGGCCUUUCUUUGAACACCGGAAACCUCGGAGGUGAUUUCUACAUCAAUUUUCUUGUGUCUGCCCUGGUCGAGUUUCCCACCUAUACGCUAUGUCUCCUUUUACUUGACCGGGUAGGCAGACGUCUUCUGCAUGCCUCAUGCAUGAUAUUUGGAGGCAUUGCUUGCAUUGUCACUCUCUUCCCUAUGCUUUACGGAGACGAAAGUCUCCAGCCCAUUACUGUCACUCUGGCCAUGCUGGGUAAGGUUGGAAUAGCCGCUGCCUUCGGUGUGAUAUAUGUGUGGUCAGCAGAGUUAUACCCGACCGUUGUAAGGAACGCCGGGAUGGGCGCCAGCUCCUCGUGCGCUCGUAUAGGGGGCAUGAUUGCGCCGUACAUUGCCGACCUGAGUAGGGUGAUAGAAGGUAAUCUAGGACGAGCGGUACCCCUAGUCGUGUUCGGUGGGGCGUCUGUUGUAGCUGGGAUAUUGUCACUAUGGUUACCGGAAACUAACAACAAAGACCUCCCAGAAACUAUUCAGGAUGGAAGAUUAUUCGAUAGAAAAGAGUCGUCGGAAAAAUACGAACCAAAACUUGACUAUGACAACAAGGCAUUUGAUACAGAACCAGGUAUCUCCCAGGGUGAAAGUGGAGUCUCUACCGCAACAAAACUAUGAUGCUUUGAAUGAUGGUAGAAACAUUCAUGGACCCCGGCGUCAAUGCCACAUGCUAAUAGUCACUUUUAAACUUAUUACAAUACGUUUCAUAUCAAGCUAUUUACUCGAUUGGUUAUCAUAUUCUGGCACAGUUCGCUUAUGCUAUGUUGAAUCCUAGCGAAGUUAUAAGGUUUCUUUAGCCUCUUUGACCAUCUUCUGGUAUGUGGCAUACGUUGUUACCAUUUUCAAAGUCAUCAGAUUUACUUAGGAAAUAAUUACAGGGUUGUGGUGUGUUGUGCGCAUGUGUUGUCAUGUAUGAGGCAAAUGAUCUACAUAUCCAGACAAACUGUUGACCAAAAACGAGAUAUUUCAUUUUUAUAAUUAUCAAUUAACUGUUGUACAUAUUUCAACGAAAUCCAUUUAUAAUUGUUUAAAUGUGAGGGUCGGGUAUAUAUACAUAUAUACAAUAAUAAUAUUAAUGAAAAAGUAGAAAAUCCUUCAAGCCACUUUGGCAUUUACCUGCGGUUAGUUGUUUUAGCAAAUACCUGCUCACAAAUAUACUUACAUCCUUCAGCUAGGAAGUAAUUUUGUUCUCAUCCAUGUCUACAAGGUAAUAUCAUAUCAUGGCUUAAAGAAUGUUGGUCUAAUCUUUUUCUUUCAUACACUCAAUUUUUGUUCUUGGGUUUCUUUUCGUGAACUGUAAGAUAUAAUUGUACCAACAACUAAAUCGAUGAUGUUAGGGUAAAUGAUAUCAGUUAUGACGUCUCGUGAAAUAGUUCUACACCAUAUAGCAAGAAGUUACUAAUAUAUCAAACGAUUUCGUAAUGAUGUACCAUUGAUGUAAACUUACAUGUUGAAUGUCUAUAGGUGACAUUAUGAUAAGUUACAUGUUGAAGAUGUAUGGUGGCUGAAUUCGGCAAUGUUACACUGUUGCAUUGCGGCCCCACCAAGAGAAAUGCGAAAAUGCGACCGUGCCAAAUUGACACUUUUCACUUGGCACAUUAUCGCUCUUCUCUUGACGCACUGUCGCAAUAGUUUCUUUUCGCAUGUUGCAUUUUAGCACUUUGCAUGGCGGGGGCGCUAUGCAACAGUGCGACCUUGCCGAAAUCAACUACAACAGAGAUGGCCAUCUCGUUGGUCACAGAGCGACAACUUAAUGUAGUAAUUGAAAAAUACAAUCUUAAUGGUUUGCAGAUAUAUAAUGCAAGAAAUUCAUUUGUACGAGUUUGUUUUUAUGUUGAUUACGUGCUUUGGUUAAUAAAUAAUAUCGCACCUGC